AUGAUAAUGGCAGAACCCCAAUUUCAAAUGCCAUAUGGUCCAAUAGGCGCGAUGAUAAUAAACCCACCACCACCACCACCAAUAGUAGUAGCUCCACCACCACGGCCAGUGCCUGUAGGUGUGCCUUUCCCUGUCGCUGUACCCAUGCCUUUUGGCAUACAAAUAGAAGAAGAAAAAACGACUACGACCACCACUAAAAGUCCACGUCGAAUACUUAAAAUUUUUAUGCCUUGGGGACCACUUCCGUUUCCAGUUCCAGCUCCCCAAUCACCUCAUUUUAGAGCAGCCUCCAAUAAUUGUACGAAUAAAAUUAUACCACAGCCCCCACAGCCUCAGGGUUUCGCAAUGCCUUUUCCCAUGCCUAUGCCGAAUCCUCCGCCAAUAUUCAUGGUGCCUGCACCACCGAUUCACUUUAUUAGGUCAUCUUCAGCAGUAUCAUCUUCAGCAAGCGAAGACUCUGAUUAUUCAUCGUCAAGUAGCAGCGAUUCAAAUUAUGAUUCAGAUUCAGUUUCAGACUCAGAUACAGACAGCUAUCUAAGGAAUAGAAAAAAGAAAAAAAGAUAUAAGAAAAGAAGUAACCGGUAUGGUGUCUUAAGAAGCAAUCGUCGCUACUUCAGUGAUAGUAGCACUGCUAGUCAUGAGGAACUGAAGCCUAUGUUGAGUUACUUAGCUAAAAAUGGAGAUGUAAAAAUAAACAAACGAUUGAGUAACAGAGAUGCAGCAUUACUAAUGGCAGAUGAAAAGAAGCCGCGACAGGUGCAAAAGGUGCAAGUCAUUGUUGGCAAUGACUCUAAUGAGAAAUCGAGAGUGCGGGUAAUUGCGCACUCUCCCAAAACAAGCAAUAAAAAGGAGGAAAAGAAGAAAAUAGUUUUAAGGCGGUCUUCGCAGCAGCUCGUGGGUGGUAACAAGGAGUUGGUAUUUAGGCCACCAGGCAACAAGAAGAUUAGUAAUUUUUCUAUGUCUUUUAAUAUAGCUGAAUAA